AUUAUGUUUGUGUUUGACUCACAGAUUCAACAGCAGCAGCAGAUGUGUGUCAUUUACUCUCUCUGUCUUUCUCCUGUAGUUUCCCUUCAUUAGUCCAGCAGCAGAAGAUCUUUCUGGGAUCAUUUGGAGAGGAAAAAGAGCGGAUCUUCAUGACCAAAGUUAAGAUGUCGUGGCACUCCACGUACAGAAGCUCCAAGUUCCGGCAUGUUUAUGGAAAAGCGGGAAGCAGGGAACAGUGUUACGAGGGAAUUCCCAUCACUCACAGCGUUCAUGACAACCACUUCUGCGCCGUUAACCCCAAAUUCCUUGCGGUGGUCACAGAGAGUGCGGGAGGAGGAGCGUUCCUCGUUAUCCCACUUCAUAAGCCGGGGCGAAUAGACCCUCAUUACCCAAAGGUCUGCGGCCACCAGGGCAGCGUGAUGGACAUCAAAUGGAGUCCAUUCAUGGACAACAUCAUCGCAUCCAGCUCUGAGGACUGUACGGUGAGAAUCUGGCAGAUUCCUGACGGCGGUCUGAGGAGGAACAUGACUGAAGCUCUAAUGAUCCUGAUUGGUCACAGCCGGAGGGCGGGGCUUAUCGAGUGGCACCCCACCUGCAGCGGCAUCCUGCUCAGCGCCGGAUACGACUGCAAGAUUCUGAUCUGGAACCUGGAGGAGGGCGUGGCUGUGAAGAUGAUUGACACCCAUCCAGAUGUCGUCCUCUGUAUGUCCUUCAACACCGAUGGAAGUUUACUGGCCACAAGCUGUAAGGAUAAAAAACUGCGGAUUAUUGAUCCACGUUCAGGGAAAGUUCUUCAGGAAGCAGACUGUAAAAGCACGAGAGUGAACCGCGUGGUGUUUCUGGGUAAUCUGAAGCAUGUCCUCACCACAGGCGUCUCCAGGUGGAACACUAGACAGAUUGCAUUGUGGGAUCAGGAGGAUCUGUCCGCUCCCAUCACGGAGGAGGAGAUCGACGGGCUGUCCGGUGUCCUCUUCCCCUUCUAUGAUGCAGACACACACAUGCUUUAUCUGGCCGGGAAGGGAGACGGAAACAUCAGAUAUUAUGAGGUCAGUCCUGAAAAACCCUUCCUGCAGUUCCUGAUGGAGUUCAGAUCGCCGGCUCCUCAGAAGGGUCUGGGUGUGAUGCCCAAACGCGGCGUGGAUGUGGGUGAGUGUGAGAUCUUCAGGUUUUAUAAGCUGGUGACUCUGAAAGGUCUGGUGGAGCCCAUUUCCAUGAUCGUCCCGCGCAGGUCCGAGACGUAUCAGGAGGAUAUUUUCCCGAUGACGGCGGGCACAGAAUCUGCCCUGUCGGCCGCCGAGUGGCUCAGUGGGAUUGACAGAGGGCCGCUGCUGAUUUCUCUUAAAGAAGCUUAUAAACGUCCAAAUCCAGCAGGUCUCAGAGCCUCCAAACGAGACAGACGGACAGUGAAGGGCAUCGAUCUGCUGGAAAACAUUUCCCCAAACACAGACAAAGAGCUUCUGAAGAUGGUCUACAGGCAGCAGGAUGAAAUUAGGAAACUCAAAGAUGAACUCGGAGGAAAAGACGAGAGAAUCCGACAGCUGGAGCUGGAGCUCAAGAACUUGAGAAACACGUGACGACCAAAACAGCUGCUUGAUUUGUGUUAUUAAGUUUACACUGACAAAAAGGAAUUGUUUUAUUAUGAUUUUAUGGAAUUGAAUAAACAUUAGUGAAGAUGGAUGUAUGUCAAAAAUCUGUUUUGUUUUGUCCUGUAAGAUACAGAUGUACAAAUGAAGUCUUGAUAUUUACAAGGGAUUAUGAUUCUAACAGAUGUUCUUCUUCAUUUGUUGAGGAAGCAUAUGAAGUUCUGGUUGUCUGUCAGCAGAUGGCGCUAGAGGAGAGAGCAAAAGCAUUUCAAACUCUCAACCUGCUCUAGAAAUACAUGAGAUGUUCAAAAUCAGUGAUCGUGUUCGUCAUUAAUGCUGGUGUGAUGUAUAUAUGUAUUUGUAAGUACUACAUGACAUAUUCCUACGAAAUAAAAUACUGCUCAACCA